AACAGCUGACAAGUGAGCACUUUACCCAGUGCCUCAAGGAACAAAGAGAGAAGGAAAUAGCCAUUCAAAAAACAAACAACUUUUUAAAAUUUUCCACCCCAAAAAAACAAUCGGAAGCGCGACAAGACAAGGAGAUGCGGCACGCAGUGGCACCCACGGAGAACGUGGAAGAUAAUUCUUUUACGGUGACGGACCUGCUGAAGAUUUGCACUCAUUGUGAGCGGCUGGGCAAAAAGGACUCAGGAGUACGGAUCCCAAGGCCCCUGGGUAAUGGACCAAGCAGAUUUAUCCCUGAAAAAGAGAUCCUUCAGGUCAGCAAAGUGGACACCAGGACACAGUCGAUAUUUGAGGAUGCGUUCGCAGCCCUCGGCCGCCUUGACAACAUCUCCCUGGUGAUGGGCUUCCACCCGCAGUACCUGGAGAGUUUCCUUCGGACGCAGCACUACCUGCUGCAGAUGGACGGCCCGCUGUCUCUGCACUACCGUCACUACAUUGGCAUUAUGGCUGCAGCCAGACAUCAGUGUUCCUACCUGGUCAACCUGCACGUCAACGAUUUCCUGCAGGUGGGCGGUGACCCCAAGUGGCUCAACGGCCUGGAUGAAGCCCCACAGAAGCUGCAGCACCUCGGCGAGCUCAACAAAAUCCUUGCACACCGGCCCUGGCUGCUCACCAAGGAACACAUUGAGCACCUUCUCAAGGCCGAGGAACACAGCUGGUCCCUGGCAGAGUUGAUUCAUGCAGUGGUUCUCCUCACACACUACCACUCCCUGGCCUCAUUCACCUUUGGCUGCGGCAUCACACCAGAGAUCCACUGUGAUGGUGGACACACUUUUAGACCUCCCUCCCUCAGCCAGUACUGUGUCUGCGAUUUUGCCAAUGGCAAUGGGCAUGCUAAUCACCUCGAAGAUAUGUUUGGCAACCAGGAGGUCUCUGGUGAGGUGGAGGUGCUGAUGGAGAGGAUGAAGCAGCUACAGGAGUGUCGCGAUGAGGAGGAGGCAAGCCAGGAGGAGAUGGCCACUCGCUUUGAGAGGGAGAAGACGGAGAGCAUGCUGGUGGUCACGGCAGAGGACGAGGAGUGUGUCCCAUCUAGAGACGUCUCCCGCCACUUUGAGGACCCCAGCUACGGAUACAAGGACUUCUCCAGGCGGGGAGAGCAUGUGCCCACCCUCAGAGUGCAGGACUAUAGCUGGGAGGACCACGGCUUUUCUCUCGUUAACCGAUUGUACCCUGACGUCGGUCAGAUGCUAGACGAGAAGUUCCAGAUGGCCUACAAUCUAACCUACAACACCAUGGCAAUGCACAAGGACGUGGACACCUCCAUGCUGCGCAGGGCCAUCUGGAACUACAUCCACUGCAUGUUUGGCAUCAGAUAUGAUGACUAUGAUUACGGGGAGAUAAACCAGCUGUUGGACCGUAGCUUUAAGAUCUACAUCAAGACCAUGGUGUGUAUUCCCGAGAAUACCACCAAACGAAUGUACGAGAGUUUCUGGAGGCAGUUUCAGCACUCCGAGAAGGUCCAUGUUAAUCUGCUUCUUAUGGAAGCGCGCAUGCAGGCAGAACUGCUCUACGCUCUGAGAGCGAUUACCCGCUACAUGACAUGAAGUGCUUUCUGUGUUCUUAUUGUUGUGUUUUUACUGUCGUCAUUGUUGUUGCUCAUCAUGGGACACUUCAAGUUAAAAAAAAAAAAAGUAAAGCAAAUCGGGGGUGGGAGGGAGAAAAUAUGAAAAAUGUGGAAGAGAUGCAAGAAGCCCUGGGUGUAGGCGAAGCUGGUGCUGUUUUUGGCUGGAUGUGGGAUAAGGAUCAGAACAAAGCUGGGGGGGGGGGGAACUGCGUAGGAGAAGUCAUCCAAACCCACUGGUGGAUACUCAAGUUCUCGUUGCCUGCCGUGCCAAAACAGACCAAAAGAGGGCGGCCUGGAGCAGAUUCCCUUUUCAUCACAGGGUGUAUGUCCCGGGCCAGAGGACUUGACGCAGGAGGCAUCAAGGCCAACCGUUCAGUAUUCCACCAUGCAGCCCAGAGGUUGCUGAUCUCUGCAAUCUCCUGGUAGUGUGCGCACCCAUAGUGAUUCUCCAGAAAGCAGUGCAGGCAAAACCUGUCUGCACUUUGAUGAUGUAGUCACUGUUUUAUUUGUGUAGUUUCUUUAUAAUACCUUUUUAUUUCAAUUUUUGUUUUGUUUUGUAUUGAGAGUGUUUGUUGUCGUCGGCGUGGUCGCUGUUUUUUUCUGUUAGUGGUAACUGGAGAUGGGAAGAUUACUUAGCCGGUGUUAUAAAGUGUGCCUGAAAUAUCCAGCACAGUGUGGAGACGGGGUGCUGCUGCUGCUGCUCUCAUCUAUUCACUGGGGUCAUAUUGACCCCACCCCCCACCCCCAUAUCUCCCCCCACCCCAAAUAUCCCCUACACCCCUAUCCGUAAGAAAUCCACUGCAUUACCCCUCUCCCUCGUCCCCCAUUCCUCUACAACCCCCCAACCUAAACUGUCUGUGUAAGCUAAUCCAAGGUGUGUGUGUGCGCGUGUGCAUGCGUGCGUGCGUGCGUGUGUGUGUAAACCAGAGAGGUGUGAUGAUAAAACUCAUAAAGAACACUGUCUGAGCCCUAUUGAGUUUGACUGGUAUGCCCGUGUGAUGUCUUGCUCUUGUGUUGUGAAUAAGAAGUCAGGCGGGGUGUGCGUGCAUGCGUGUGUGAUAGAGAUGUUGGAAAGAAGAAGAAAAAAAAAGUUUGAAUUUCAAGCAUCAGAAAAGCGAGGCACUUUGAAGGACCGAGUCUUCUUGCUUCUGCUGUAGCUCUGUUAUUGUGAGGUGACUGUUUAUAGGUUUUUUUUUUUUUUUUUUGAUGUUGUCUUUUAUGUUUCUGGUAAGAAGAAAAAGAAAAAGGGGGAGGGGGUAAAAGAAAAAAAAAAGCUAAUCAAUAAGAAAGUAAGAAAACCAGGUCUUCCAAGAGGGAUUUGCUUCCGGUUGUCCUAACCACACCUGUCUGUCUUCCGCUCAUCCCAGCUGCCUGGUAACCCUGACGCUUUCAGAAGCUUUUGGAUUGUGAAUUUUACCAGUAAACAAAAAUACCUCUUCUGUUUUCUCUUUAAACAAAAAAAAGAAAGAAAGAAAAAAGAAAAAAAUUUAAAGAAGUGCUCUUCGCUGAGCAGAAAGACUUUUCUGGGCCUCCCUGCUGCCGGCGGGGUGGAGCGGGGCCGGUCCACGCAGGGGGGCCCACCGUCGAAUGCGGAAGGUUGUAGCUGUGCUUGUCUCCUCGGGUGGGGAGAACCUAACCAGUGCAAAAGCAGCUUGUUUAUUUUGAAUCGGGGGGGCCGCAUGGGGCCACCGCUGUUUUGUUCUUGUUUACUAAAACCAGUAAAGUACUGCAUUCUUCUGAGGGAGGGUCGAGACGGUUGGACAGAUGAAUGACUGUUUGAUAUGAGAGGAGGAGGAGGAAGGCGGCGGUGUUGACAAUAGAAUGGUACAUCAUUUGGAGGUUGUCGUGAGAGGAAGUGGAGGUUUUAUCAAACUUCUGACUGAUGUCAGUUACUGACACUUUUUUUAUACGAAAAAAAAAACGAAAGGAAAAAAAUAAAACACGAUAUUGAAUCAUUGUGUAUCAUUUGUAGUUUUCUCAAAACGGUUUGCUUUCAUUGCUUCAACAAAUACAAACAAGAUCAUGCAUAUGGAAAGGCCUGCACAUAUUCAGGAAUCGAGCAGUCGUAGCACAAUCAGAUCUGCUGCUGGCACACCCACUUAACAUGGGUGUAGGAUAUCACAGUGGUCUGUGGCGAUUAAACCGCCACCCAUACGGUUUUGCACACUUUUAUGCAACUUACAACUCCUGACAUGGAAUGUUCUCCUUGGACCGUGUAUCCAAAGUAAAGCUAGUUCUUUCAACAUAAUCGAGUCUGAUAUUACUCACACACAAAAAAUACUAUGCUGAACUCAGGGGAAUGGUUCAGUUUGUAUCAUCUGAACAGCUCAGAGCCUUUCUUGUGAAUUUCAGUUACUGCAUAAGCCCCUGAAUCGUGUGAUUCAUACCUAACAACCCCGAUCGAUCCCAGCCGAGGUCAGUGUUUCUCCUUCGUCCCGGAGACGAUGCUCCUGACCAGACCCUUACAUGAGAGGGAUUAUCAGGUACUCUUCAGAGUUCCUCCUCAGUUUUUGCCUCGUUGCUGUCAUCCUUCGACCUCCGUUCACCGAGGAUGAGCGGGGCUGGCAAUCUUGUCUUGAACCUUCGGGGGUGUUUUCCAAUCAGGGAGUCGGGUAGCUCUUUCAAUAGAUGAUCACCAGCAGAAUCUCAGCGUUAUCUUUAUUUUAUUUUAUUUUUUUCCAAUGACAAAACGACUGCCUUUACGAUUUGGUGACUUUCCCCUCACAAUGUGCAAACAGGUGAAACUUAAUCUUGCAGCCUCAUAAUCAGCCAGCCAGCCGUCAUGUUCAUAUUAAGAGCAGAAAUUCGAUGUGGAAGACGAUGUGUGUUACUAACUCUGGCUAAUGAAACGUUGGCUUGUUUUGUGAUUGUUGUGAGGUCGCUGUUGUAUGAAAACCCAGGAAGUGAGGUGGGGGGAACUUUACAUUAAGUGCCGUCUCUGAUUUGUAUUGAUGUUAUGACAAUGUAAUUUUUAAACGCUGUACCUUACGUGGUGUAACUUGUAAGCACUGCCUGGCCCCAUAUCUGUGUUAUAAUAAAGGCUUUGAGAAGCAAAAUGUUUCGGACAA